AUGAUGUACAUUUUGGACCAAAGACUUCAUGCCCAGAAUGUACUUAAAGACAAAACAUCUAAAGUUGUGAACGACAUUGUCUCUACCAUGUUCAGCAAGCAUUUCAUUGAUGAGUUGUUUCGACCCCAAUUGAUGUAUUCAAAGAGGACAAUGAGAUCGGUGUUUGACCGUCUUGCUCACUCCUCUCUUUUGCGACUAAAUGCUGCUAGUAUGGACAAGCUGUAUGACCUUAUGAUAAUGGUGGUUAAGCAACAAGUACUAAUGUGCCUUCGACCUAAAGAUAUCCUUUUUAUUACACUCAAUCAUCUUGAUGCCAUCAUGGAAUUGGUAAAGGAUAAUCCAUCCACAUUACAACAAGUCAAUUACGUAUAUCGACUUUUCAUCAAGGUAUACGCUGAUCUAUCAGAUGGCGAAUUCCAGCUACUUCGUCAAACAAUGCUGACUUUUUUCCAAGACUGCCACAUCAGGGUUACUGUCUUUUUAAAGGAGAAGGUUCAGAAUAAUGAUGGUUUAUUUGUAUUACCUCGGUCUGGAGUUGUUGGCUGGAAAAUAGAAAUACCUGUUGUUAUAAAAUUAUUUAAUGAAAAUGGUGAACUUAUAAAAACGACUUCAUCAAAUCCUGGUGGCAGAUAUAUACCUUCAUCAAAAGAGGGAUCUAUUGAACCCAAAGGUGACAGAUGUACUCAGCUUGGGCGUAACAUAUAUGAUGAUAAGUGCAUUGAAACAUCUGGUGGUAAAGGCAGAAUUGUGGGCCACACAGACUUGGGAGAACCAAGCAGUUCCGAUGCUGAUGCCAUAGCACAGCUUCAGUUAUUGUCCUGCCUCAUCGGAAUGGCAAGCACAUCACAAAAACCAGAAAUGCAGCUGAAUUUAUUUGGUCCUGGUCUACUUGGUGAAGAUGAGGACAACUAUGAGGACCAGCCAACACCUGGGAUGGAAAAGGAUAAAUCAAUUGAAAUCAAAAUUGAUGCAUCAAAGAAGCAGUCAUGUGCUGAACUGGAUCGGAUAAUGGGGGAAAUGUCACUUGAAACUUCUGUACCAUCAUCUGAUGGAGAUGACUUAUUGGAGUUAAUGGACAGUGCUCUCUGA